AUGCGCGAGGAGAUGGCUCGGCUGCGGGUCACGGACGACGGCCAGGUAGAGGAGGUGCCGGAGGUCGGAGGGGCGGAGGACUACGAGGGAGACGUGGAGGCACACUACGAAGGACUGGAGGACCCCGGCGCAGGGGACGGCGGAAGGACCCCGGAUCGCGGCGGUCCGGGGUAG